GUCGCGGGUGCCCUCCCGUUUCCCACUGGUUACAGUCGCUUUCGGGAUUCUCGCGCCCGGUUCAGGACCGUCACCAUGGAGUUGUCACCGCUGCAGGUACAGCUCGCGGGGGGCGGGGUCCCGGGUGGGAGAGCCUGGACGCCGGUCUCCGCGUCGUCCGUGGCAGCCGCCUGUAAAUGAAAAUAUGCAAAUGAACAAAAAGAAAAAUGAAGAUGCCAAGAAAAGAAUGUCUAUUGAAAGAAUCUAUCAGAAAAAAACACAACUGGAGCAUAUACUGCUCCGCCCGGAUACCUACAUUGGCUCUGUGGAAUUAGUCACCCAGCAAAUGUGGGUUUAUGAUGAAGACGUUGGCAUUAACUAUAGGGAAGUAACUUUUGUUCCUGGUUUGUAUAAAAUCUUUGAUGAAAUUCUAGUUAAUGCUGCAGACAACAAACAAAGGGACCCCAAAAUGUCCUGUAUUAGAGUCACAAUUGAUCCAGAAAAUAAUUUAAUUAGCAUAUGGAAUAAUGGAAAAGGAAUUCCUGUUGUUGAACACAAAGUUGAGAAAAUGUAUGUCCCAGCUCUCAUAUUUGGACAGCUCUUAACCUCUAGUAACUAUGACGAUGAUGAAAAGAAAGUAACAGGUGGUCGCAAUGGCUAUGGAGCCAAACUGUGUAACAUAUUCAGCACCAAAUUUACUGUGGAAACAGCCAGUAGAGAAUACAAGAAAAUGUUCAAACAGACAUGGAUGGAUAACAUGGGGAAAGCUGGUGAAAUGGAACUCAAGCCCUUUAAUGGAGAAGAUUAUACAUGCAUUACCUUCCAGCCUGAUUUAUCGAAGUUUAAAAUGCAAAGCCUGGACAAAGAUAUUGUUGCACUGAUGGUUAGAAGAGCAUAUGAUGUUGCUGGUUCUACUAAAGAUGUCAAAGUCUUUCUCAAUGGAAAUAGACUGCCAGUGAAAGGGUUCCGCAGCUAUGUGGAUAUGUACUUGAAGGAUAAGUUAGAUGAAACCGGUAACGCACUGAAAGUAGUGCAUGAACAAGUCAAUCCAAGGUGGGAAGUGUGCUUAACAAUGAGUGAAAAGGGCUUCCAGCAAAUUAGCUUUGUCAAUAGCAUUGCUACUUCUAAGGGUGGCAGACAUGUUGAUUAUGUAGCUGAUCAGAUUGUGAGUAAACUGGUGGACGUGGUGAAAAAGAAGAACAAGGGUGGUGUCGCAGUGAAAGCACACCAGGUGAAAAAUCACAUGUGGAUUUUUGUAAAUGCCUUGAUCGAAAACCCAACAUUUGACUCUCAGACAAAAGAAAACAUGACUUUACAAGCCAAGAGCUUUGGAUCAACAUGUCAAUUAAGUGAAAAAUUCAUCAAAGCUGCAAUUGGCUGUGGUAUUGUUGAAAGCAUACUGAACUGGGUGAAGUUUAAGGCCCAAAUCCAGUUAAACAAGAAGUGUUCAGCUGUAAAACAUAACAGAAUCAAGGGAAUCCCCAAACUUGAUGAUGCCAACGAUGCAGGGAGUCGAAACUCCACUGAAUGUACACUUAUCCUGACUGAGGGAGACUCAGCCAAAACUCUGGCAGUUUCAGGCCUUGGUGUAGUUGGAAGAGACAAAUAUGGGGUAUUUCCUCUUAGAGGAAAAAUACUCAAUGUGCGAGAAGCUUCUCAUAAACAGAUCAUGGAAAAUGCUGAAAUUAACAAUAUCAUCAAGAUUGUUGGUCUUCAGUACAAGAAAAACUAUGAAGAUGAAGAUUCAUUGAAAACUCUUCGUUAUGGGAAGAUAAUGAUUAUGACAGAUCAGGACCAAGAUGGUUCCCAUAUCAAAGGCUUACUGAUCAAUUUUAUCCAUCACAACUGGCCCUCUCUUCUGAGACAUCGCUUUCUAGAGGAAUUUAUUACUCCCAUUGUAAAGGUGUCUAAAAACAAGCAAGAAAUUGCCUUCUAUAGUCUUCCUGAGUUUGAAGAAUGGAAGAGUUCUACUCCAAAUCAUAAAAAAUGGAAAGUCAAAUAUUACAAAGGUUUGGGCACCAGCACAUCAAAGGAAGCUAAGGAAUAUUUUGCAGAUAUGAAAAGACAUCGUAUUCAAUUCAAAUACUCUGGGCCUGAAGAUGAUGCUGCAAUCAGCCUGGCCUUUAGUAAGAAACAGGUUGAUGAUCGAAAGGAAUGGUUAACUCACUUCAUGGAAGACAGAAGACAGCGGAAGUUACUUGGCCUUCCUGAGGAUUAUUUGUAUGGACAAACCACUACUUACCUGACCUAUAAUGACUUCAUAAACAAGGAACUUAUCCUGUUCUCCAAUUCUGAUAAUGAAAGAUCUAUCCCAUCUAUGGUAGAUGGUUUGAAACCAGGUCAGAGAAAAGUUUUGUUUACUUGUUUCAAACGGAAUGACAAGCGAGAAGUGAAGGUUGCCCAGUUAGCUGGGUCAGUGGCAGAAAUGUCCUCUUAUCAUCAUGGUGAGAUGUCACUGAUGAUGACCAUUAUCAAUUUGGCUCAGAAUUUUGUGGGUAGUAAUAAUUUGAACCUCUUGCAACCCAUUGGUCAAUUUGGUACCAGGCUCCAUGGUGGCAAGGAUUCAGCUAGUCCUCGAUACAUCUUUACUAUGCUCAGCCCUUUGACUCGGUUGUUAUUUCCACCAAAAGAUGAUCACACAUUAAAGUUUUUAUAUGAUGACAACCAGCGUGUGGAGCCUGAGUGGUACAUUCCUAUUAUACCCAUGGUGCUGAUAAAUGGUGCUGAGGGAAUUGGUACCGGAUGGUCCUGCAAAAUCCCCAACUUUGAUGUCCGUGAGGUCGUGAAUAAUAUCAGACGACUAUUGGAUGGAGAAGAGCCUCUGCCCAUGCUCCCAAGCUACAAGAAUUUCAAAGGUACUAUCGAAGAACUGGCUUCAAAUCAGUACGUGAUUAAUGGAGAAGUAGCUAUUCUGAAUUCAACAACCAUUGAAAUCUCAGAGCUUCCUGUCAGAACAUGGACCCAGACUUACAAAGAACAGGUUCUAGAACCCAUGUUGAAUGGCACUGAGAAGACACCCCCUCUUAUAACAGAUUAUAGGGAAUACCAUACAGAUACCACUGUGAAGUUUGUCAUAAAGAUGACUGAAGAAAAAUUGGCAGAAGCAGAGAGAGUGGGACUACACAAAGUCUUCAAACUGCAGACUAGUCUCACUUGCAACUCUAUGGUGCUUUUUGACCAUGUAGGUUGCUUAAAGAAAUAUGACACUGUGCUGGAUAUUCUGAAAGACUUCUUUGAGCUCAGGCUUAAAUAUUAUGGAUUAAGAAAAGAAUGGCUUCUAGGAAUGCUUGGUGCAGAAUCUGCUAAACUGAAUAAUCAAGCUCGUUUUAUAUUAGAGAAAAUAGAUGGCAAAAUAAUCAUUGAAAACAAACCUAAAAAAGAGUUAAUUAAAGUUCUAAUUCAGAGAGGAUAUGAUUCCGAUCCUGUGAAGGCCUGGAAAGAAGCUCAGCAAAAGGUUCCAGACGAAGAAGAAAAUGAAGAAAGUGACAAUGAGAACAGUGACUCCGUAGCAGACUCUGGACCAACUUUCAACUACCUUCUUGAUAUGCCCCUUUGGUACCUAACCAAGGAAAAGAAAGAUGAACUGUGCAAACAAAGAAAUGAAAAGGAACAAGAGCUCAACACAUUAAAGAAAAAGAGUCCAUCAGAUUUGUGGAAGGAAGAUCUGGCUGUUUUCAUUGAAGAACUGGAGGUUGUCGAAGCCAAGGAGAAACAGGACGAGCAAGUAGGACUUCCUGGAAAGGGGGGGAAAGCCAAGGGGAAGAAAGGACAAGUGUCGGAAGUCUUGCCUUCUCCCCGGGGAAAGAGAGUCAUUCCCCACGUCACCAUGGAGAUGAAAGCAGAGGCAGAAAAGAAAAUUAGGAAGAAGAUUAAGAGUGAAAACGCUGAGGGCACGCCUGCUGAGGAUGGUCUGGAACUAGGAGGCCUAAAACAGAGACUAGCAAAGAAGCAGAAGAAAGAGCCAGAUACCAUGGCAAAGAAGCAAACUACAUUGCCAUUUAAGCCCAUCAAAAAAGGGAAAAAGAGAAACCCCUGGUCUGAUUCUGAAUCAGAUAUGAGCAGUAAUGAAAGUAAUUUUGAUGUCCCUCCACGAGAAAAAGAUCCAAGAAGAGCUGCAACAAAAGCCAAAUUCACAGUGGAUUUGGAUUCAGAUGAAGAUUUCUCAGGUUUUGAGGAAAAGGAUGAAGAUGAAGAUUUUUUCCCAUUGGAUACUAGUCCACCUAAGACCAAAAUUCCCCCAAAAAAUAGGACAAAGACACUGAAGGCACAGAAGAGUACCACGUCUGCUGACCUUGAAAGUGAUGUUCAGGACAGUGUGCCAGCUUCUCCAAGCCCUCCUGCUGCUGAUGUCCCACCUGAAAAGGAACAGUUAAAGCCAUCUUCCAAACAGACUGCUUCCAAACAGACUGCAGCGGCGAAGAAGACAGUGACCAAAAGCCAGUCUUCAACUUCCACUGCUGGUACCAAAAAGAGAGCUGUACCAAAGGCAACCAAAUCCGAUUCAGCCUUGAGUGUUCAUGGCCCUGAAAAGCCUGAUCCUGCCAAAGCCAAGAGCAACCGCAAAAGGAAGCAGUCUUCUUCUGAUGAUUCAGACUCUGAUUUUGAGAAAGUAGUUUCCAAAGCUGCCACGAGCAAGAAACUCAAGGGAGAGACUCAGGAUUUCCAUGUGGACUUGGAUGAGACUGUGGCUCCCCGAGCUAAAUCUGGACGAGCAAGGAAGCCUAUCCAGUACCUGGAGGAGUCGGAUGAGGAUGACCUUUUCUGAUGUGUGAGGGGUUGUUUUAGGAAUGGUUUUACUGAGCCCGGUUAGUUUUAAAGUUACUUGAAGUUCUUCCCUAACCCCCUCUGAAUUUAGUUUGGGGAAGACUUUUCUAAGACUAUCCUAGUGAGUAGGGCCCAUGUGGCCUUUAACUUUGUACUCUACAUACUGUCUCAAUGGUGACCAACCAUCUCAUGACAUGGUUUCUUCUCUGAUUUGUCUAUGUUUUGUGUCUAUUUCUUUGGUCUCUAAAAUCUUGGCUUGAAAUUCUUUUGAAUUCCACAUAAUUGUAUGAUCACUUCGGCCUAACAGAAUUUAUUGAUCAUAUAUUAAGCUAAAAUGGGUAUGUUUUCAAAAGUGCCCCUCUGCCUCUUUUCCUGUUUCCACUGGAUAUGAGUGUUUCUGUUUCUGUUGUAUAGGUAAGAAGUCCAUCACAUAGAACUGGAUAGUUCUAGUACAGAUACGGUGCUCAACCUUGAUGCAUUUUUGUUUAAGCCAUGAGAAAUUACUCAUACCCUUUUAAACAUCAUCAGAGGCUGGAGAAAGUCAUCUUGACCGUGUCUCCAUGACCUCAGCACAAGUAGCAGGGAGAAAAAAGUUAGGCCAGUUACAUGGCAUCUUGACUUUCCUUUUGAUGCCUCUUAAACAUGAGAUCACAGGAAGGGGGCAGAGCUGCUCAGGCUUACAUCUACAUGCUCAGUCAUGAAGUGUAGUCCAGUGCAAGUCUCCAGAAUUCCAGCUUGUGAAUGCCGAGACCUCUCUAUGCUAUUGUAUAUGUUACUUAAGUGCUAUUGUCAAUGUUUUUUGUAAAUAUUUAAUAUGUCUUUCUAUUCAGUUUAAUUCCACCAGUUUUGUACUUUAAUAAAUGUUCUAAACAUUGUAA